UGUGUAUGUGUGUGUGUGAAGCUGACUGCGUACCCGAAAACCGUGUGACGGAUGCCGUGCGUACAAAAAUAAGCUUCUUCUUCUUCUUCUUCUUCUUUUGGGAAUCUCAGAUUGAUCCGUGUUAUUUAUUCUGCGGGAAAUAGUAAAACCUGCAGGUGCAAGUGAAGGGGAGGAACCGGGCUGACGCACGUGAAGCUCUCACUUCUUCAAAAGCAAGGGAAUAGAGACGGAACAAGGAUUGCGUUAGCAGCAAGUGCAGCAAAUUGGACUUUCCUCCAUCAGCAACCUUCCUCUCUCUCUCUCUCUCUCUCUCACUCUCUUUCUCUCCUCUCUCCCCUCGCCAUCCCUGUUCCUCCUCUGUAGGUCUCCCCAUUUACUCCCCUCAUUCUCUCAGCCUCCUUCCCAGAAUAGCCUCACUUAGAGGUCUCAGAAUAAUAGUGAGAGAAGGAGUGUUUGGAUUUCGGGGUGACUCAGGAGAUGGAUUAAAAAAGAAAGGGAGUCUCUGCACCGCAAAACUGGAGCAGCACGCGCGACCACGCCGGGGGGGAAGAGGGCGAAGGGACUCGGUGAAUUCGCGGAGCCCCCGGGACAGAGGCUGCGACUGGUCUCACCCCAAGAUGACGUCCCCCAAGAACAAAGCCAAGAAGAAGCCCCCCAAAGACAGCAUGACACUGCUGCCAUGCUUUUAUUUUGUAGAGCUCCCCAUCGUCCUGUCCUCUUUGGUGUCCCUAUACUUCCUGGAACUGACAGAUGUGUUGUCCCCGGCAAUGGUGGGCUUCCGUUGCCAUGACCGCGACCUCUCCAUGCCCUACGUGGAGACGGGAGAUGAGCUCAUCCCACUGUUGAUGCUGCUGAGUUUGGCCUUCGCUGGUCCUGCAGCAUCUAUUAUGAUGGGGGAGGGCCUGAUGUACUGUAUGCAAUCCAAACUGAAGUCUUGUCCAAAGUCGGAGAGCAGCAUCAACGCUGGAGGCUGCAGCUUCAACUCCUUCCUCCGCAGAACCGUGCGCUUUGUCGGUGUUCAUGUGUUCGGUCUCCUGGCAACAGCCUUGGUGACAGAUGUCAUCCAGUUAGCGACCGGUUACCACGCCCCUUUCUUCCUCACCGUCUGCCAGCCCAAUUACACAGCACCGGGGGUGUCAUGUGACAACAAUGCCUACAUCACACGGGACAUCUGUAUGGGGAAGGACCAAUAUGCCAUCAUGUCAGCGAGGAAAACAUUUCCAUCCCAGCAUGCAACACUCUCUGGCUUCGCUGCUGUCUAUAUCUCAAUGUAUUUCAACGCCAGCAUCAGCAGCACGACCAAACUCCUGAAGCCACUGCUGGUGUUUGCGUUCUGCAUGGCGGCAGGCCUGGCCGGGCUGACACAGAUCACUCAGCACCGCAGUCACCCAAUAGAUGUCUACGUGGGGUACCUUAUAGGAGCGGGCAUUGGAGUCUACCUGGCUGUGUUUGCUGUGGGAAACUUCAAAGCAUCAGAGGAAGAUGCUCAUUCUUUACAAAGACUGACACCAGCUCAGCAGAAGGACAGCCUGAGGGUGCUGAGUCAGCGCGGUCAUGACUCCCUCUACAGGAAGACUCCCAGGGUGUCUGAGAGCAGGGAGGAGCUGGGGGCGGGGCUUGGCUCUGGAGCUCGCAGUAAGGUGAGGAGGGAGAAGGCGUCCCUGGCCUCCCUCAAACGAGCGAGUGCCGAUGUGGAGCUCCUUGCUACUCGCGGUCCCAUGGGGAAGGAAACCAUGGUAACCUUCAGCAACACUUUACCCAGAGUUGCGAACGGGAACAGCCCCAUCUCCCCCUCAGACGAGCCUGCCACCACGCAGCGUCACAUGACCUUCCACGUGCCCUAUGACCCCCAGAGGUCUCGGCAGCUGGUGACCGAGUGGAAGCAGCGUUCGCUCGAGCUCCGCAGCCAGAGCUCACGAGACGAGGAUGAGGAUGACGAGGGAGAUGAAGGAGGAGCAGCAGCAGGAGGAGAAGGAGGAGAGCAGGAGAUGCCUUCCUCUCUGUAUCCCACAGUGCAAGCCAACAAGGGCAUGGCAACGCCAACUGCAGCCAGGAUGGUGGUAGCACCCCCGCUUGUUCACAUCCCGGAGGAGGCCACUCGGCCGCCGCCUGUUUCCCCUAAGAGUGCCAAGACACGUGCCAAGUGGCUGUCACUCACAGAAGAAGGAAGGGUGAAAGAGCCAGGACAAGGGCCCAUCGCUGUGUCUACUCCCAGAGUGCCGAACACGCAGCCCAACCAGCCACCCAGCCAGCAGAGAGUCACACAGGUGAUAGCCAUGUCCAAGCAGCAGAGUCAUGGACCCCUCGCUCCAUCAACAAAGACCUCAGAAGGCGGCUCCUCAUCCGGUGGUGGGUCAAACUGCUCCGAGUCACCCUACUACAGGAUCCCAUCAGAUCGAGACAGCUGCACCGGGAGCAAUCCGGGAAGCAUCGCUGGAAGUGGGAGCAUCGUCACCAUCGACGCUCACGCACCUCACCACCCGGUGGUGCGCGUGUCUGCCAAUAACGGCAAGCCGUGGGAGUGGAGGAACACCAUCAGUGGAAACAUGCUGACUGCAGACACAGCGGGGGACAAACACCGUGCGGCGCUGCAGCGGCAGGAGAACACGAGUCACUAUCGCGACUACAGGACGCUUCCAAUGAAAACAGACUCCAUGUGCUCCUCCUCUGCCAGCGGGAGCAACGAAGGAGGUGCAGAGCCGCCUCCCCCUCCUCUCCCUCCAUCCUCCUCCCCUCUGCCUCUCCCUCCUCAGCUGUCCUCAUCCCCUCUACCUCCACCUCCUCCCCACUCAUCUUCUCCUCCCCUGCCUCCCCCACCACACUCCACUCCAAUUCCUCCUCCUCUCCCUCAUCCAACCUCCUCUCACAUGCAUCCACCUCUUCACUUGUCCUCCCAGAUGUCCCCUCCACCCCUCCCACCUCCUCACCCAUCCUCUUCCCAAAUGCCCCCACCUCCUCACCCAUCUUCCUCCCACAUGCCCCCACCUCCUCACCCAUCUUCCUCCCACAUGCCCCCACCUCCUCACCCAUCUUCCUCCCACAUGCCCCCACCUCCUCACCCAUCUUCCUCCCAUAUGCAUCACCCUGCUCACCUCUCCCUCUCCCAAAUGCCCCCACCUCCACUCCCACAGCCAUCUUCUUCCCCUUUACCACCUCCACCUCACCACUCAUCCUCCAUGCAGCCACUUCCUCACCCUUCCUGCUCCAGCAUGCUCCCCCCUCCUCCCCACCCGGACUUACUGAUGGAAGCCCACAGCCAGGCACUGUCCCGCAGCUCCACGCUGCCUCGCCGGCCUUCCGUCUCCGCCCGCAGCCAUGCCGAGCAGGAGCACUACUACAAGGCCAUGCAGAAUGAGCGGAUGUUAUAGUGACGGGGAAAGACAACAGACAUCAUUGUCACAUAUGUGAUUGUUCUAAAGGAGACACAACUGAGAGAGGAUUUGAACAAGGGAAGUUUCAGCAGGUGAAUGCAGAUAUGACUUUUAAAAAAAAGAGACAAAAAAAGGUUUAAAGACUAAAUCCAGAGCAGCAGCUUCAGUUUAAAAGCCGGAAUGAAGGAGGCAGCAGAGGUGGCGUACCAUGUUGAGGUCUGGCAGCUCACACACACACUCAGCAGGGGAUCGGCUCACACACACUGCCCACAGCGCCAGCUCCACGGACUGGACUGAGAAAAGAUCAGACAAGAGAAAGAAAGUUGAGUCAAACAGUGCAGAGUUAAGAAAAAAAAUCUUACUUACCUAACAUUUGAGCUCACACAUCCUCUGUGCUCCUUCAUUCAAAGACUGAAUGAAAGCUGCUGCAGCUGAAAGAGAGAUAUCACAAUGAGCGGUCUGGGAUUUGCUAAAUCAGGCUCCCCCUGAGAGGCGGGAUAAGACUGAGAAAACAAAACAACUACAGGCAAAACUAGCUCUCCUCAAACUCAGCUGUUUGAGAUCCAAACAUUACGCACAGAGAAUUCGCUGUUGCAACCAGCUGAAGAACUCAUCCUUCAAAGCAUCCAAAAAGCUACGAAUAAAGAGAAGAAUGCGGUGAUGUUGAGUUCAAAAGCAGGUUCAAGAGUAUUAGCUGCAGCCCACAAAAGCAUUAGAGUGUUUUGACUCCUCUGAAUAAACACACCAAAUGGGGAA